ACUUACUGCAGACUCAGAACCCUGAGUGAGGACUGCACCAGUAGACAGAACAGCCUGAGCCAGAAUGAAGGCUCUCAGGGCUGUCCUCCUGAUCUUGCUACUAACUGGACAGCCAGGGAGUGGCUGGGCACAAGAAGAUGGUGAUGCGGACCCGGAGCCAGAGAGCUACAGCUACGAUGAUGACGAUGAUGAAGAGGAAGAGGAGGAGACCAACAUGAUCCCUGGAAGCAGGGAUAGAGUGCCUCUGCAGUGCUACUUCUGUCAAGUGCUUCACAGUGGGGAGAGCUGCAAUCAGACACAGAGCUGCUCCGGCAGCAAGCCCUUCUGCAUCACAGUCAUCUCCCAUAGCGAAGCUGGACACCCUGGCCUCCCCUCCCUGACAAUCAGCUUCAGAGAAUAAACUUGAAUGUUGUUUGCCGUCUAGCCCGUUGCCACUCCUUUGGCCAUUCUCUGCUCUCAGUCUCACCCUCAGGCCGCCUGGCCUUCCUCUCUCCUCAGCCAGUGGGCAGCAGUGUGGGGAAACAUGUCAGCCUCAGGUCCAGCUAUCUAUUGCCUGUGCUCUGGGGGAUGUUCAACCUACAGGGGCCCCAUCUGCUCAGCUUCGCAGAGAAAAUAACAAACAUGGGAGGCUCAUUCUCGUCUUGAAUUUGCCAGCAUGAAAUUCUUCCCCGGAGCUACCAUCUAGAGAAAGUCAGUCGUUUCAUACAUGUGAGGUGCAGAGUGAGCCUCCAGAGACCUGGAGGGAGGAGUGUUGGAAGGAAUCCAAGAAUAUUGCAGAGCUGAGGUACAAUGACUGCCGCUAAGGCAGGGAGGGAGGCGGAAAGGGAAAGGAAGGCCUGGCUGCUUAGUAGAGGAUUCUCCAGCUACAGCCUGACACAGAAAUCCAUCCUCUUCUGGAUUCUAGAACCUCUCUUCUAGCUUAGGCCUCUGGGAGGAUGCUGGGAGUCUGAGGACAGCAGGUCUGGGAAAUGCCCAAAAGCCCCAAGGGCUCCUUAGGCAGAGAGAUAGAUGGCACACCCAUCCCUGCCUGGGUGGGUGGGUAUCUUCUCUAGUGAGGAGAGGCCCCUAGCAGGUGAGCAUCUCCUUGAGUCGGCAGAGAACCUGGCUGCUUGACAUGUGGGCCAAUCCUUGAUUGUGUAUGGCUCCUAUUGGCUGAGCUCCUGGCUUCUUUGACUGCACCAAGCUAGACCUCCACCAGCAGUUGGCGCCAGAGUAGAUCUCUGGGAUACAGAAAGAAGACCAUGCCUGGGCCGCUGCUCCACUGCUGACUUGGAUGGAACUCAGUUUCCCCACUGUGCAACAAGGAGCACUGCCUAUGGGACUCCUGGGUCCCUAGUAGCUCAAUGUUGCAACAACUAGAAGCCUAGAGUCCCUUCCUAAGAGCCAAGUUUGUUUGUUGGCAUGCAAUAAGAAACCCCUAGCAUAUCUUAUCUCUCCUUUUCCUGUUAAUAAACCAUCAGUACUAAGUGAGGCAGAGCAAGGACAGAGUUCUUGGAUGGAGGAGGCACCUCUUCCUCUGUCCCCUUUCUCCUUCCUGCUGACUGGAAUUCAGCAGCCCUUUCUACCACAAGGAAGCACUGUGAGGAUGGCAAGGGAACAUGGGAGAAGGUUCUGGAACACGGAUAAACAAAGCCAUUGAACUGUGUGCCUCAGGAUGCCCUUUCUCAGGAGAAGAAAUAAACUCCCCUGUUGAUGC